AUGCUGGAUCUGGAUUCAAUGAUUUUGGUUGCUGAUCUGAUUCGCAUCUGGGACAGGAACCUGGUAGAGCUCAGCCCACACAGCUGCCAGCUGGAGUUUGGCAAGCUGGAGGGGAUGCCACCCAAUUUGUCGCCGCUGAAGCAGCCAGACGCGCCAGUUGCGCUGAACCUCAAUGACCCUGCGCCAAUGCCGCAGCAGUUUCCGCAAAGCAGGUCGCGCGGGCAAAGCCAGUCUGAGGCACAGAAUGCGCAGUGGCAGGCCGGAUGGGACCAAAUGCACAGGCGGGUGCUGUACUUCCAGGGCGUCAACGAGCAGUCGCUGCCAGAGCUGCAGCAGCUGUUCAAGUCGAGCCGUGGCAUUCGCCUCAAUGUGGACCCGCACGAGUCAGACAGCAUUACUGGCAACGUCGAGUUCCGCAACAUCGACGACACCGAGAAGGCCAUGGCAGUCCUCAACAGACGGAAGCUGCAAAACAGCAACGGAACGCUGAUGAUGUCACCCCUGCAUGGCAGCGAGCUCGCAUACCCACCGCAGGCCGGAUACGUGUGUAUCAAGCACAUUCCAGAGGAUGCAACCGAGCUCACACUUUACGACUUUUUGCGUCCCGUGGGGCCGCUCUAUGCAUGCAGCAUUCCAGUGCACGCGAAUGGGCUAAAGAAGGACUUUGCAAUGGCAUGCUACAUUGACAGCACCGACGCCAAUAUGGCCGUCGAGCAGCUCAACUACGCCGAUUUCCUGGGCAACACCGUGCUUGUGCAGCCUGCACGGGCGCCGCGAUCGUCGCGCGCCAGCAUGUCGCCCAGCGAGUUUGUCCCGAAGCCAGUGUCGCCCGUGCGCAGCAGCGCCGAGCUGCCGAUGCCGCAGAUACCAACGACGCCCACAGGCAUGCACCCGAAGCGUGCUGGCAGCCCGGUGGUCAAUGAGGGCCCGGGCAAUGGUUUGGGCGGCGUCAUUGUGCCUGGCAAAUUGUUCAUCACCAAUCUGCACCCAACGGUGUCGCACAAGGAGCUGUUUGCGCUGUUCAAGACGUACGGGUACAUCCAGUCAGCGCGCGUCAGCAUCGAUCCGGUCACGAAAAAGUCGCGUGGCCAUGGGAUCGUGCAGUUCAGUGAUCCGACCGCCGCGCUGCAAGCGCUGCGCGAGUGCCAGGGCACCGACAUCAAGGGCCGCAAGAUCACGCUGUACCAGUACGAGCACGUAAACAAGAACGGCCAGCCGGUUGCCAAUGCCACCAGCCGCGCUGAUUCGCGCAUCGCCUCGCAUACCCCGCCCACCAACCCGGCUCUGAGGGCCAGCGCGUCGCCUCCGCCCAUCCAGCCGCCCAUCCAGCCGCCCCGCGCCAAGUCGCAGUCGCCGCAGCUGUCCUCGCGAUCUGCCACGGCAACCAGCGACAACGACCCGCUGCUGGACCCGAUCAUGCUUCGGAACCUGACCGAGAACGCGCGCAACGAGAUCCUGACCCAAAAGCUGAUCUCCGAGGUCGCCUCGAACCCAGCCGUGGACGUGCGCGACUCGGCAAGGGUCGUCGAGUCGCUGCUGCGGCGGCCGGUCGAGGAGGUGGUUGCCCUGAUCCGCGACCCCGAGCGCCUUGCCACCGAGUGGGAGGUCGAGCAGCAUACGGUCGCGCGCAAGGAGCAGCUGAAGCUCACGGCCGACAAGGAGCCGGCUGCGACGAUCACCAGCCAGAUGCAGCGCGUUGUGCUUGCCGAGUACCCGGCACCAAAGCCCAGCCCGCCAGUCACUGCGCCUGCACCAGUGCAGCCGGAGCGCCAAGGAGCCAGCACCGGACUGCAUUUGCAGGAUUACAGCACUGAGGUCGAGGAGUACAUUGAGAUGCUGCUGUCCAAGCCCGACCAAGAGCGCAAGAAGAAGCUGGGCUCCAAGCUGUUCCCGCUCAUCAAGGGCAUGGGGUACAAGGACUCGACGAAGCUUACUGUGUGGAUCCUCGAGCAUAUGAGCCAGGACGUCCGCGCGCUGUCCUACACCAUGAACGACCCGGUGCGACUGCGCGAUGUAGUCGAUGAGGCGAAACGCUCCAUCGACGCAUCUCGGUAAAAUGAACCCGCCCUAGACGCAAGGGGGCACGUUUUGCUUCCACUCCCCGAAUAUGUUUUGGAGAGCCUCCCUCUUGCCUACUGUUUUUAUCCCCACACGUCGCUGUUUCUUGGCCCAUUCUUGCGCCUACUGUUUCCCGGUUCUAAUUACUGUUUAUUUCUAAUUACCACCCUUUAACCAUAGUUUUUCCAUAAAUGCCCUUUAUUUGUUUC